CACAAUCUCAAGUUGUUUCGCUACGUGUCCCUGUGUUGUUGCGUGUACUUGUGUGAUUUUUGAAAAAUCAUGUACAAAGUGAAUCGUUUAAUACCAGAGUUGAAUAACUUUGUUCAUACAGAUAAAAUGUAUAAAUUAAAGAGUUAUUAUUAUCAUUAUUCUAAUGAAAUCAAUGAAUCAAUUAAUAAGAAAAUAUUAUUAAAUGAAGUAAUUACUAAUAAUCAAUUAAAUGAAUAUGAUAAUAAUAUUAUGAAUGAACUUUAUCAAUUAGAUGAUAAUUUAUCAUUUCUCUUAAAUAUAUUUACAAGUUAUCAAUCUAAUAAUUUAGAAAAAUCUUCAACAUUGAAUAUAUUUACUAAUGAAGUUCAUGAAUUAAUUGAGUAUAUAAAAGUUUUAUCAAAUUAUUAUAAAGUGAAUCCUAUUCAUGAUAUACAAGAGAAUAGUGUAUACAAUGAAUUGAAUAAAUUAAAUAAUGAAUUAGACGAUAUAUUAAAUAUAUUUACAAGUUAUCAUUAUCAAUUUAUGAAUAAUAAAAUUAUUGAUAAAGUCACUACUACUACUACUACUCAGCCUGUAACUAUAAUUAAUACAAUUACUAUUCCUAAUGAAAUUAUCACAUUGAUUAUCCAAUGUAAUCCAAAUAAUCCUCCAUUAUCUAUACUAUUAUUAUGUCAUUUAUUACUUAAUAAUCAAUAUAAGAUAAUAAUUAAAUCAUUUAUACAUUCAACAAUAAAACAAUUACCAAAAUCACUUAAACAUUUAUUACAAAUAUUAAUGACAAAUAUGAAUUAUUCAUUGAACAUAAUAAAUAAUAAUAAUAAUAAUAAUAAUAAUAAUAAUAAUAAUAGGCAAAUGGAUACAAAUUUACAAUUACAUUUUAUAUGGAAUACAAAUUGUCCUGAUUGUAUUAUAUCAUCAUUUAAUAAAUCAAUUACACCGACAAUCUUAUACGGAGAAUGUAUGUUAGUACAAUUAAUUGUAAAGAUAUUUCAAUUAAAAUAUAUUGAUCAACUUAUAUCACUUGUUAUAAUGAUUGAUUCAGGAUUAUUAUUAUUGCCUACAUUAAUGACCUUGUCAACAUCAUCAUCAUCAUUGCCUACUCUUGUUAAAGAUCUCAGAGUGAAGACGCUAGAUACAUUGAAUAAUCAUGCGUAUUUUAUAAAUAUUAAUCGUGAUUUCCCAUCAAUUAUUGACUGUUUUCUAUUUGUUUGUAUUAAACAAUUGAAUUUGUUCAAUAUUCUACCGGGUAAUUUAAAGUUAUGGUUGAAAUUUGUCAAAAAUGGAAAAGUUUUAAUUUAUUAUCAAUUUAAUGUUAUGUUACUUUUUCUAGUAGUAAAUUUGUUAAGUAUACAUACUGGUAUAUAAAAGAUAUUUCUGUUUUAUUUUAUAUGAUUAUUUUGAACUUUUGUAU